AUGAAUUGCCCCCAAUUGUAUCAUAUUUAUUUCCAGGUCGGUCGACUUCCCGAAAAAUUCGUCGGUCGAAUCACAGUCGCCGUCGUCCGUGGUCUCACAUAUCUAAAAGACGAAAUCAAAAUUCUACAUCGCGAUGUGAAACCAUCAAAUAUGCUUGUAAAUAGUAAUGGAGAAAUCAAGUUGUGCGAUUUUGGAGUGUCUGGAAUGUUGAUUGAUUCGAUGGCGAAUUCGUUUGUUGGCACUAGGAGUUAUAUGGCGGUUAGUUGGAAUUGGCGGGAAAAAAUAUUACGAUGCUCCUUUAAUCCUUGUCCGAAAAUUAUCUAGGGCUGAUUCACGAACGAAAAAAAUGUUUAAAAAUGUUUUUUAACAUUGAAAGAUCAAUUCACGAAAAUUCAAAAAAUGUCGAAAAAACAUUGUAGGUCAAAAUUAGUUUUUCGAGUUUUUCACCCAAAAAUGAUGACAAAUCGAUAUUUUUCAAGCUCCUGGAGUAAUUUCUGAUGAAAAUAAGCUUUGAGAACCCUAUUUUGCUUUAUUUUAUGAAUUUUUUCGAAAUUCAUAAAAUUUAAAAUUUUUUUAUUUUACUAAAAAUCAGCAAAACCUUCUGGAAAGUCAAUUUUCAUCAGAAAUUACUCCAGAAGCUUCAAAAAUAUUGAUUUGUCAUCAUUUUUGGCUGAAAAACUUGAAAAACUAAUUUUUGACCUACAAUGUUUUUUCGACAAUUUCUGACUUUUUGUGAAUUGAUCUUUCGAUUUAAAAAAACAUUUUUUUCGUUCGUGAAUCAGCCCUACCUCUUAAAUCCCCAUUUUUCUAGCCCGAACGAUUAACCGGCUCCCACUACACAAUCUCCUCUGAUAUCUGGUCAUUCGGUCUCUCGUUGGUCGAAUUAUUGAUUGGUCGAUAUCCGGUUCCAGCUCCAUCAAAUUCCGAAUAUGCCACAAUGUUCAAUGUGCCGGAAAAUGAAAUUGAAUUGGCUGAUGAUUUGGAAUCUGAACCAUAUCAUGCACCAAAUAAUCCGGCGGCUAUGGCUAUUUUUGAAAUGUUGGAUUAUAUUGUUAACGGACCACCGCCUGCGUUGCCCAAACACUUUUUUAGGUUGGAAAAUGAGGGAUUUUGGUCUUUUUCAUCUGAAAAUUAUGAAAAAUCACGAUAUUUCAGCCCGAAAAUGCGAAGAAUCCAUAAUUUUCACCCAAAAAAGUCUGACAAACUCUAAAUUUGACUGAAAAUCCCCCUGGCUGAAAAUUUGGCUGAAAAUCCAAUUUUCCAUCUGAAACUUAAAAUUUUGGAUGAAAAAUUGGAUUUUCAGCCAGGGAUGCGGAAGCUAUGCCCAAAUUUUCUGAAAAUUUUAAAAAAUCACGAUAUUUCGGCCCGAAAAUGGGUAAUAGCGAUAAUUUUCACUGUUUCUAUAGACCCAGGAAAGUCUGAAGAUCUAAAUUUGUCUGAAAAUCCAGUGUUUCUUGGAUUUUCAGCCAAAUUUAUAGCCCUACUCCCACCCUAGCUGAAAAUUUGGCUAAAAAUGCAAUUUUCCAUCUGAAACUUAAAAUUUUAGAUGAAAAAUUUAAUUUUCAGCCAGGAAUGCGGAAGCUAUGCCCAAAUUUUGCUGAAAAUUUGAAUUUACUUGAAAUUGCACUUAAAUUUUGAGCACUAUACUGAUAUUUUGGCUAAAAAUCCAAUUUUCUAUCUGAAACUAAAAAUUUCAAAUGGAAUUAGAUUUUCAGCCAGGGACGCGGAAGCUAUGCCCGAAUUUUGCUGAAAAUUAUGAAAAAUCACGAUAUUUCAGCCCGAAAAUGUGAAAAAUCGAUAAUUUUCACUGUUUCAGACUCAGAAAAGUCUGAAGCUCUAAAUUUGACUGAAAAUCCAAUUUUCUAUCUGAAACUAAAAAUUGCAAAUGGAAAAUUGGAUUUUCAGCGGAAGCUAUGGCCAAAUUUUCAAAUUUUUUCAGUUUUUUUUUGCCGAUUUUUGCCCCCUCAAACCUGAUUUUUCAGCCCAAAUGCCAUAAAUUUCGUCUCAAAAUGUCUGAAAAAGAUGCCAAGCGAACGUGCGAAUCUCAAAAGUCUAUCAUUGGAUCCAUUUUUCGCCGAAUACGCCGACCAAGAUGAUCAAGGAGAAUUUGCGGAAUUUGUACGGAAAACGAUCGAUUUGCCGAAAAUGGCAAGUUAG